AUGUCUGCCAUUUCUACAGCUGCCACCAUCUUCACAUCGUCUACCAGCUCUAGACGCACUACCCAGACAACACCAACCGACUUGGCCAUGGCAUCGCCGUCACCGCCAAGCAGCAAGGAGGCAGACCUCUAUUACUGGGGACUUCCCUCCCGCCCCAAGCUGGUUGCUCGCUCCAGCACACAUGUCUGGGAAGACCCGUUUUGGUCACCCUCCCCCUCCAUGAUGCAUAAAUCCCUUCGUCCUGCUGAUGGGAAUCCGUUACUGCACCGUCUGUGGAACGACGCAACGUCUUCCCUGAGAAACCAGAUCGUGGAAGCCGUCGACGCCGCAGACUGGACGGCAGUUGAUAUCCUGCGCCUGGGCUGUGCUGGAGAAUUCCACACAACUCUGCUGGUAUCCGUCAAGCCAGCGUCUCUUUCUUGGAGCCAGGCGCAUCCCAUCACGCUGCGAUGCAAGGCCAUUCUGGAGGGGCAUGGCAUCGACAAUGUUCAUUGCGAAAUACGCGAGAGCAUUGUCACUCCUUGCGGCAAUGUCUUGUCUAGAAGUAAAUCCGCUGCCGUUGCCGACACGACAAGCGGAUUGCAGCUUUCUUCGGCUUCUAGGACAAGACUGCGAGCAGACCGUGUCGAUAUGUCCGACUGCCUUGGUACCCGGAUAUCUAUGAAAGAUGACGAUACCAGGUUUGGCACAAAGGGCAUAUACCUCUCUGUCAAGCCAUCAGAUCGCCAAAAGGGGGAGCAGCCUAAGAUCGUGGCCUUGGCUUGUGGGCAUGUAGUGGCACCCCAGAAGAGUAGGAGUUUGACGACACGACUCCAAGGCUCCCAGACACCCAGAGAAGCCAUCCAAAUCGACCAGCCCGAGUACGACAGCAGACUUGCGCGCCUUGAAAGCUCCGCCAGACAAGAUCGUAACCAUGCGACAGAGUCCCGCAACUGUGGCGAUACCGAAUCUGCAGUUGCAUACGACCAGAUAGCAGACGACGAGGAAGACCUUGUCAGGAAGAUGAAGCCGUAUGUGGCCUCUUCCUCAAGGGUAUUCGGAACGCUGCUCUCCGCGCCGAAACUGGUGUAUUCGCGAGCUCUACGCGACACGCCAGGUUACGAUCCAUGGCUCAGAGACUGGGCGCUCAUUGAGCUGUUGCCCCGCCGCCACCAGAUUUCUCUCGACACUCUGAGGAACAAGGUCUUUGUCGGACCACCGAACCACCUUCGCAGUAUUGUGCACGACAAUUCGGCCGGAUGGAGAGGACUCGAGAGGAUCAACGUCCCAGCGGCGCUCAACGGCACCCUGGCGCUGGCAAAGACGGCCGUUCCCAUGAGCGAGCUUUACCAACCCGCUCCUGAUGCUAGCGACGACGAGCCGACGAUGCUUGUCGCGCAAUAUGGAGCGGGCGGGAAGCUGACGGUAGGCCUCGGCAACAGCUUGAAGUCGCUUGUUCGUCGAAAUGAGGCUCUGGAUGGAGACGUCGAGAACUACGGCGAGGAAUGGGCCGUAACAUCGUUUGCCGGGACUGACCAUCUCCAAGCGGCAUUUUCGUUGAAAGGCGAUUCUGGGUCUUGUGUAUGGGAUAUACAUACGCAACGCCCUGCUGCGAUUAUCAUGGCGGGAGUACACAGCCCGGCGCAGAAUGGGGGCAACGAUGUUACGUAUGCGCAGCCUUUGGAGCGUUUGCUUGGUGAUAUUGGGCAAUAUGGCUUUGACGUUUCGCUGGUAUAA